UCCGCAGAGCACACCAACCGGCGAUCGGGCGGAUAUUGUUGCAUUUGCCACAGUUGGCCGCGGCGAGCGACGGAACCCCUCAUGUGAGAAGAGCAAGCAAAAGUGUAAAGCAACGAACAAAAAAAAUAACCGGCAGAUCAUUCCCGGUUUCGGAAGUCAAGGAAAAAAAACGGUCAUCAAACAGUCUUUUUUAUCCGUUUCGUCAAUCCCCGAGGACCUGCGGCGAUCCAUCGACGCAAACGACGGCUGUUAAUGCGUUGAUUUUCUUGUUGCUGCUGCCGCUAUUCGGUGGUUCCGCGUGAUGUUUUGUUUUUUUUUGUUUCUUUUUUUUGUGAGCCGUGAGUGUUGUGUACCCGAGAAAUGUGAUGGAAUGUUUUUUUUUGGCAAUCAGGAAUCAUUCGACUCAUGUCCGGAGAAUCGAAAAAUUUUUGCUGCAAUUACCGAUAAUGAGUUGUAGUGGCGGUUGACAGAGUGCCAAGCAGGCCUUGGAGUUAAUGAGCCGUGACUAAGGUGCGUGUAAAAGUGACUAGGCGAGUGGUGGGAGUGUGUGCGUAUGGGUGGUCCUGUGACAAUCGUGACAAGCUCAACGAACAUCGGUUGUAAAUCAAGUGAGGUGAAUGUGUAAAAGUGCUUGCGAAAAAAAAUGUAAACAACAUUAGUGCACAAGAAGUGAAAUGAUAAUUGUGUCAAUCAGUUUUUUUUGCCGUCCUGCUGAAAUCGAUUUCGUGCAAUAAUGCUGAUCGACUCGGUUGCCCUCGUUGUCGUGAGAAUGCCCGAAGGAAAGUGAUUUUAUGUUUAAGUGGUUCAUUCAUUAAUUGUGAUUAAAUUGAACGUGGCCGGCAGGACUUGAGGCACCAAUUGGCAAAGAGUGCGUGCCGAGCCGGAGUUGGUUUCCGGUUACUCUAAAUACUUAAGAUUAUAUCUCUUAUGACCCCAUGGUUGUUAACGUAAUAGUUUUCGGUUUCAAAAAAUAGCAGAAUGGCGGUAAUAUAACGGUUGCAUGUUUAGUAGCAUCAAACAGAAAAUUAACCCCAAAGUGACGUUGUUACUGGAGAAUAAUUUCCCCAACAUAGUAAAAUUUCUACGCUAACCAAUCAAGUGAAUCUAGACCGUCACUAGGUUGCAGGUAGAGGUAGAGUUAGAGUUCAUCGCCCUACAAACUAAAUGGUGCAAUGAGCGAUUGCGAUACGUCGAGAGAGCUGCAGCAAUUUGUGACCGAAGUGUCAGUGUGCAUGGAACUAGUGCCAGAGUUCGAGAUAUGUAUCCGUGGUAUCGCGAGGCACCGCUAAGUGUUGGACAGAUCUGCAGCCCACUGGCGGCGGGUGGAGCGACGGCUUCGGCAACCAUCAAAACCGAAGUAGGCUACAGUGAUUGUAUGCUGGAUUUCCACAGUAAGAAACCGCCAUCGUCCUUUCCCUGGCUGACGGAGGCCACCAAUAACAACGACUACUCGAAAGCCAACAACAACCACCACCACCUGCACCAUCACCACGGUCACCACCACCAUCAUCAUCACCAUCCGAGUACCUGCCGUCACCCGGAAGACUCGAAAUCGUCGCUGAACUGUGCUUCACCCCGGACAGCUCCGGGAACGGCAAAUCACCACCCGAGUCAACCAGGCGGCCAUCAUCCAGCGGCGGCAUCGGAGGGAGCAACUCCCGACACCGGCAGCACCACGGCAACCGCGGCAAUUCCCAACUUCAACCAGAUGCCGGUGCCGGGCUCGGUCCAGGGCCAGAAUCCCACCCAGGGACUGGUGCACUGGAUGAGCGCGGUGAUGGCAGAACACAUGACAUCUAACUCGCACCACGAUCCGUCCGGUGUCGGGAUGCACUACAUGUGGAAUGGGCCGAUGGAGCAAUGCGGGCAGCACACCAAAGACAUGGACUCGUACAGCGGAUGGCCGGCACCGAGAAACCACAUGUCCAUGAAGCAAGGAUACGAGGCAAAAAUGAAUGCUGUUGAUCAUCACCAUCAUAACAAUCUACAAAAAGGACACAUGAUUGACGAUGGCCGGCUGUUGGAUCAUCACGGAAUGCAAUCGGCGGCCCAGAUGAGCCAACUGUACGGAGCCCGCGGUGCAUCGAGCAACAGUUCUCCCGGUGGACCGCACGUGCAUCCGAAUUCGGCCGCCCUGCUGGUGGUGCCACAACCCAUCAAUGCCACCAAGAUCGGAGCAGCGUUACCCAACGGAACUGGCCGGAAGUAUCAGUGCAAAAUGUGUCCCCAGAUUUUUACUUCGAAAGCGGAUCUCCAGUUGCACACGCAGAUUCACAUGCGCGAAGCAAAACCCUACAAAUGUUCCCAAUGCAAUAAGGCGUUCGCCAACUCCAGCUAUCUAUCGCAGCAUACCCGGAUACAUUUGGGCAUAAAACCGUACCGGUGCGAGAUCUGUCAGCGGAAAUUCACUCAGCUUUCCCACCUGCAGCAGCACAUUCGAACGCACACCGGCGACAAACCGUACAAGUGUCGACACGGCGGCUGUAUGAAAGCAUUCUCCCAGCUAUCCAAUCUACAAUCGCACUCCCGCUGCCAUCAGACGGACAAACCGUUCAAGUGCAACUCGUGCUACAAGUGUUUCUCGGAUGAGCCUUCUCUGCUGGAGCACAUCCCGAAGCACAAAGAAUCCAAACACCUGAAAACGCACAUCUGUCAGUACUGUGGAAAGUCCUACACCCAGGAGACGUACCUCUCCAAGCAUAUGCAGAAACAUGCGGAACGAACCGACAAACGACCUCCGAUCGGAACACGCAGCAGUAGUAGUUCGCUGAAUUUGAACACGGCAUCCAGUAUUCCACCGGUCAUGACGGGGAGUGAGAAUCCCUACUGGCCCAAGGUAAGUCCCGAUUCGGCGGCCACCAUGACGGAUGUGAUGCAACAGCAACAACCACAACCACAACAACAGACCCAACAACAAUCCCAACAACAACAACAGCAACAACCCCAGAGUCACCACGAUUUCAGCCUGAACCAACAGGGCAAUGGCAAUCAGACGGCCAACGGACACAAUCCCGGUGGUGAUCUGCAUCACCAUCGCGAUGAAAACGUCGAAGAUUUGGUAGUCGGCGGUGGCAGACCGAAUCCCGCCAACAUGAACGGGAAUCUCUCACUGCCACCGUCUUCGACCCCGAUGUCGGCCGGUAGCUACGACACCAGCAGCAUAGCGAAGGCAACCUCCAAUUCGGCCUUCACGCCCAUCAACGCAAUGCCACCGCACUUGAACAGUUUGCAGCAUCACCACCAGCUAGCCCAGCGACCGUAUCUGUACGAUGCGAUCAGUUUCCAGAAUCAGAAAUCGAUCAACCAAAGCCCGUCGAAUGCGUUCCCGAACCAGCUGAUUUCGUUGCAUCAGAUUAGAAACUAUGCCCACCAACCAGGCGGUGGUUUGAUGGCCGGCGAACAUCUGCUCGGGGUAACCGUCGGUGCGGGUGGGAAAGAUAAGGGUUAAGGUAUUUGGGAAACUGGAAGAUCAACUAUCCACCGUUGGCCGUUGAUGUUGCGUGCAGGGAACGAAUGUUGCUCAGUUUCAUUUCAUGAAUUACAAAUGAACGGUACGAAUGCAAUUACGUAUUACGUAUUUUUUGGACGACUACCGAUGCAUAUGAAGCAUGAUUUGCUUGUUUGUUACACGGUUUUGACACACAAUGUGUCAUUCGGUUUUUACAUUCGAAAGUACUUACUCAAAAAGUUAAGUCAAUUCGACACAUUAAAGUGAAAACGAUUCCUUUCAAUUUUGCUCGCAUGAAUUAACAUUGAUUGUAAUGUAAUUGAUUGUCCAUUUUUCGAUCUAAACGGGGGAUCGUAAAUCGAGUUAGUUCGUAAAACAACUUUACUCUAUUUAGGAUCUACUUCGUGUAAAAAAUGUUGUGUAGGGUGAAGUGUUAUAAUAUGCUCCCAUUUAAGAAAACAUUGAGAUUUUCUCAAUGUACUGAUAUGUAAUAUGAGAAUUGAUUGAUACAUUCACAGUUUUUUCGCUUGCCGUAGGCAGAAUGCCCCAGAAACCGUAAAAUAUACCUCACAACAAUGAUGCAAUACGCCCUUUGAAAUGUCGAUAUAGAAGAAAACUAGAUAAAGAAGAUAUUUUUUGCAUCAGAAAUCAAUAUGCAAUUAAUCGAUUAAUUACAAUUGGAAACAAGCAUUUUUGAUCCUCCCAAUGCUACAUUUUGUUUUAAUAAUUGUUACAAAUCCUUAAAACAAUAUUUUAACUCGAAGCUUACUAUUGAAUCGAAAGUGGGGCAUAAUGUCCGCAGAGUUACUGUUAUGAGAAAAUUCGUACAUCAAAGAAAUAGCUUUGUUCCUUUGGAUUUUUAUACUGUAAACAGAGAACUGCUAAAUGUUAAUUACUAAGUAGCCAUCGACCAUUAGACGUUUUAAGCGCUAUUCACAAUAUUCCGAGACGUAUCCGGAACGGGACUGGACCGGAUCCCGUCCGGGUUACGCUUCAAAUUUGUUUAAUGCAGCUCCAUGUGAAUAUUCUCACCAGACCGUGUCGUACCCGUGUCUGUGACGACACACGUCCGAAGCAUGGUCAAAGCAUGCGUUGAUUCAAAGACACUAAAGCUUGCUUCAGAUAGAAUUGGAACAAAGACAAUUGCCUGUAUUUCAGUUAUUUGUUAUUGAAUUCAAGAUCUUUUUUAUACAAAUGUAGCAUUUUCUUCAUACUUGUAAGAAAAAAUACGGAUAAAAUUAUUCGUCGCGGUUUCGAAGGAAUUCUCGAAUUUUUCCUGUAACACGGCUCAUUAGGCGGCGCACACCAUCUUCCUCCAUCGUUUUAGUUAUCUUAUUCCACCAGGUCUUCAUCUGAUUGAUGACUUUGACAACCUUUCCCUAUGCCUUGAGUCUCCUCUUCAUGAUUACCCAGUAUUUCUCAAUAGGGCGGAACUGGGGGCAGUUGGGUGGGUUAAGGUUUUUCGGAACAAACUGGACCCCUUUCUCUGCAUACCAUGCAUGCUUGCCAAAUCUUGCCAAAACAUUACGGGAUGGUCGUGGGAUCGAAUGAACGGCAAAAUUCGUUUUUGGAGACACUCUUUUUGGUAUAGUUCCGAUGUCAUUGUCCUAUUUGUAACGAAAACUUUCGUUUUUUUUGCCACAGGUGCAAAUGCACUGCCAAAUCACAAAUUUUCUUGCAAAUUUGUCGGCAAAAACAAAUUUAAAUUUGGCUGGAACGUCUCCCCGAGCCGUUGCCAAGUAAAAUUUUUGACCUGGGAUUUGCCCGAAGUCGCACACCUUCUUCGUCCAUCGGAACCUUGACAUAGGUUUCAUCUUCCAUCAGAAGACACUCGUCGAACUUGGUCAGCACCUGGUCAUAUAGUUUCCGAGCACGAAUUUUGACCACACUAUUCUGUUUUAUGGUCCGAUUUGGCUGUUUGCUAGCUCGAUACGACUGGAUUCCUUCCCGGAGUCGAAUUCUCCUCACGGUACUAUGGGAAGCACCGAAUUUUCUGGCCAAAUCACGGUCCGACAGAUUAGGAUUCCUCUUAAUCGUCUUCAAAAUCUUAUCACGUAGUUUCCGGUCGACAGUUCCACUCCGACGAUUGGCUUGAGGCUUCCGAAUCGUCGUCAAUGUUUCCUUAUACCGUUUGAUAAUGCGCCAUACGGUAAUUCUGGACAAUUUCAGCUGUUUAGCUAGCGUAGAUGCAGACCACAAUGGAUUUUCCAAAUAACUGUUAACAAUUUUUUCCCUUCUUUCGGCUUCCAUGUUGAUUGUUUACAAAGUACAGUCGAUUUGCGGAAUGUCAAAAAUCAUACGUGAAGCUGACAAAAUUCCCGACACGUGGGCGCCAAGAACUUCCAAAUCCGUCCAUCAGGAGUGCCACAAUAUGAGCAAAAGUUUGUUCCAAUUCUAAAUGAAGCAAACUUUAUUGGCAAGUACUUGAUUGUUACAUGCUUUCCAUGCAAGGCUCCAAGACACAGAGCAAAAAUUCCGCAAAAAUCGUUAGCAAUCUUCUUUCUGUUCUUCUAAUUGGUUUCGGUAUUGCAUCGUCGAUCAUUUUUCGGUAAUUACACGACAUAUCUCGUGAACAAUCUGGUAGACAGUCCCAAGUCUGUAACUAAAUGCUAUGGUUUUUUGCGUGUCUCCUGUUGCUAAAUAUCUGAAAUCGUGAGACGAACGCAAACUAUAAGCUAUCACAAAAUCGUUAUACAAUUUUUGAUUGGAGUUUUUUUUUUAUUUACAAAGAUAUCUUGCUGCUGUCUUAAACAAACUGCCAGCCUCUCUAGGGGAGUAACUGCUAAUCGGAAUGUAGUGAAAUGCUUUUUAAUAUACGGACGAAUUUUACUCAACAGCGAGUUGAAACAGGCUUCUGACAUUCGGAAAUAUUCCUUGAUCUCGUCAUCCACAAGCUGCUUAUAUAGGGUGGUGAAUUCACCCUCAACUGCUCUUUUUCGCCAAAAUUCGUGCACCCAAAUCUUCUUCCAUUUUUUUUUUGUUUUUAAACUGCUGAUUAUCUUCGUCAUUCAGAGCAAUUGCAAUUACGGCCAAUUCUUCGUUGGAAAAAUGUGCCAUUUUCGUGAGGAACAGAAAAACAUCAAAUGCAACGAUUGUGUAUGUUACUAAUAGCAACGGCAGCGACACGGAAUGAUGAGAAUAUUUUUCAAAUAAAUCCCGGCACGUUGCAGUCCCGUUCCAGAUACGUCACGGCCUAGUGUGAAUAGCGCUUUAUACGAUUAAAAUGCUUGCUUAGUCGAAGCAAAACCUUACAUCGGAAAGCUGCCUAAUGUUUUUUUUUUAGUUUUUUCAUAUUUUACAGCAAACGACAACUUCCAAAUUUCAAUAGCAGAAAGAUCUUACGAUUUUGAUUGGAAAAGUAUUGAAUACUUAAAAUAGUAAGCGGGGGUGUUUUGGCAAUCAGGGCCAUUUUAUACUCUUAACCCCAUUCAUAAGGAAUAUUUUCGCAACGGAUGUGUAGGUGCUAGAAAAUUAUAUUUGGGGUAGUUUCAAAAUGCAAUAUGGCAACUUGCGGUCUAUCAGUAUUCCUUAAGGUACGAUUACAUUAGCCAGUUUAUCUGCACAAACUUGUGCAGUUUGGCUGUAUCAUAGUGUAAUCGGUUCGCAGUUGUCUGCAAGCAGUCAAAAUCGGCUUGACUAUCCAUCUGUAUGCAGUCAAAGUGUGCAGAUUAUCUGUGACCAUGUAAUCACAGUGUGAUCAUAGUCGACAGACAAACAGUUGAUGACUGUACAGACAAAUUUGACUGUUUCAGAAACUGUUGUGCAGAAGUUGUCUGCCACAGAUUCUAUGACAUAGUCAAACAUAAAAACUGUCAAAGUAUUGACUGUCGGCAGUCAAACUUGACUGUUGCAGUAAUUUAACUGUGAAUAGUGUAAUCACAUUGCCAGACCAAAUAUAAACUGCCGAAAAAUUACUUGUCUGUGGCAGAUAAACUGUGACAGAUAAACUGGCUAAUCUGAUCGUAGCUUUAGAAACCCUUAGUGAAUACAACAGGUUAUGCGAGGCACGUCUAGAAAGUAAGUGUAAUAAAAUCAUUUAGGGUUGUUAAAACAAAAACAUACUUGAUUACACUUGUACUUGUGUUAUUUUUCGGCAUACUACUGUGGGCAAAAAAUAGUAAGACUUUGUUCAAAAAUUCAAAAUUUUUCUUAUUCUUCCAAAUCUUUUUUGUCCCUCUCAAAGUAAUUGCAAUUAUUCCAAUCCUCGAAGCAGUCGUUGAAGCGGAAUAGCCUUUAAUGCGCGUAGCGAUUCACGUUUCAUGUCUUCAAGUGACUUAAAACGGUUUUCCCGGGGCAGUCGUUUGAGUUUACUGAACAGCCAGAAGUCACACGGAGCUAAAUCAGGCGAUUAUGGCUGUUGCAAAACAAUAUUGGUUGAAUUUUAGGCGAAAAUGUCACGAAGAAUCAUUGCAGUAUGCGACGGUCUCGAAAACAGAAAAUUAUUGCAUUUGAUGUUCAGUACGACUAAAUUUAUUGCACAUCAAUUGAUAAUCACAUUGAGAUUGUUACAAUUCUUUUUUUGCUGUGAACAAAUUUGUUGUGCCGCCAGUAUACGCAUAUUUCCUUGCCCCAUAGAUUACACUUCGCCUUUCGUGACUUUUGGUCCACGUCAUAGAAUUUCCGCACGCCAUUUCACAUUUCACUUAUUUUCUCAACAAUUUCCAUUAUUACUUUGCUAUUAGGCGUACUGAAAGAGAGUGCAAUGAGUGUGAAAAAUUGAAAAGAUUGAAUCCUCUGAGAGUAUGAUCUUUAUGUGCGUGUUUUGUACAUUGCGCUAUCUUUCAGUGCACCAGUGGGACGAAGCGAGAUUGUCAAGAACGAAUUUCAACGACGUCUAGUCCAUGUCAUACCAAUGCAUGCGCGAGCUUGGCACUUCGUCGAAGCCGAAGAAAUAAAAAUGUUCCAUUGGGGGCGGGUAUGGCGUGAUGCCUUUCACGCAGCCCACCUGGGCUCGAUUCCCAAGCCCACACAUACGGUUAGAACAUUUUUCUUUCCCGAAGAGGCGAAUGACCUUAAGGUUAAAGCCUCUAUACAUGAAACAAAAAAAAUAUUCCGUUGUAAUGGGUAUUGAGACUUCAAUCUGUAAGUAUCGAGACCAAAAGUAUCGGUACUAACAAUAUCGCUCUGAUGCGAUAUCGAUACCAAAAAUACCCGAUUCUUGAAACAAAAUAUCGAUAACUCAAAGUAAACAGAAAAAAAAAGAAUUGUAACAAUCUCUAUGUGAUUAUCAAUUUAUGUAAAUGAAAUUAAACGUACUGAACAUCAAUACAAUAAUUUUUUGUUUCCGAGAAAUAUUACAGAUAAAUCACACGUUAUUACAUCGAAACAACGUAUUGAGUACAUUACAUCACCUUAACUGAAUACUGUAUAUGAUUCUGAUAUAAAAAAAUAUCAUCUUUUCGUGUUUUAUUACAACCUUUAGAACGACAUCAAGAUUGUUGUGAUAUUAUAUCGUAAUCGCUAAGUAGUGAGUAGUGAUGUGCAGCAAUUUGGAUGUAAUAUCACAAAUGUAUUGGUGCCGUUCUAAAGGUUGUAAUAUUACACGAAAAUAUGCAUAAAUUCCUAUCAAAAUCGUCCAAGUAUUCAUUCAAGCUGAUGUAAUCUACUCAAUACGUUGCUUCGUUGUAAUAACGUGUGAUUUAUUUGUAACAUUUCUAGAAAACAGAAAAUUAUUGUAUUUGAUGAUCAGUAAGUCUAAUUUUUUUUUCACAUCGAGAUUGUUUUGUCGUGUAUACGACUUACUUUACUAUGGGGUUCCUUUUCAAAAUUUACCCACUGAGAGAGUGAUAAGUUUUUGAUCGUGAAUGUCUCUUGUUGUAUCUAACGGAUCAACAUAUUUUUUUCUACUUGCCAUCGGAAAUAUGAUCACAAUUUUAUGAUAAAAUUUUCAGUUGUGCGACAUAAUCUCAAACAGUUCAAAAUUUAACUUUUCUGAAAUGUUUGGUAUAAACGAGUAUCAAAGAGAAUAAUACAUAAGGCGCGUUUGCCUUUCUCGUAUUUUGAAAAUUCGUAGCUCAGUGAUCUGUGGAAGAAUUUAUAUAAUCUAACUACCAAUAGAAUCGAAAUUUUUCAACUUAAACGUGUAUAGCAAAAGCAUUGAAGUAUUUCAAUAGUACACUAUUGAAAAAUCUGUCUCAUUUGACCCAUGUCAACACCAGCCAAACAGAACGCGUUCUGAGGAAGAGAACAAAAUAUUUGCUGCUGUACAACAAAUCGUUCGAGAAAAAUGUUCCGAAAAGUAAUGAAUAUCGUAGUGAGUUCCUCAAUUUGGUCCUUCUGCAUGCUAGAAACGAAUCCCUAUAGCAUAUUGAUAGUUUCUUUCAAUAAAUUAUGCAAAUCCGAAAUGAAAUAAUUGACAUUAAAAUUCUGUUUGCGGCUUUUGUAUAGCCGUUAGGACCGCCCAUUAGUGAAAAAGCUACAUACGAAAUCACGUAAAAGAAAGCUCCUAACAAAAAUUGAAUCAGUUUGGAUUCUAUCGCCAAUGCGAGCAGAUGUAUUUUGUGCCGUUCGCAAAGCUAGUUUCGCUUCCGACCAAAGCGAUUACGUCACAGCUGCCAGUUAUUUGCAUGAAUGAAAAAGCAACGGUGGAGAGCAUUACAAAAAAAAUCAGCCUUUCUAAUGGCUCUAAAAGUUUUCUGAAGAACUAUUAGGAUUUGUUGUUAGCAAAUCGAAAGGAAAUAUCCUCAGUUUAGUGCAAAUCUAGAACAGUUUGGUUAGAUUUUUGCACUUUUCGCUGUGUGAAAUUCACAGUAAUCGAGAUCAAGUGAAGCCUAAAUGUGGAAAAAGGGAAUGCUUGCAUAAUUCAUACAAUUGAUCAACUAAUUGAUAUUCGGAAGUGUUAAGGAACAUGUCAGUUGUUUUCGUAUUCACGACAUCCAGUUAUGUCUCUGACAUUACCCACCCGCCUUUUUUUGCUGUGUAUCGACUCGGUAUCGGACAUCCCUACCAGUCACCUGCUCGUCCGUUGAAUGCUUGUUCCCACCCCUGUGCACCUUAAGGGUAGUGAAGAAAUGGAAAUCUAAAUGGGCCAGGUCAGAGAAUUACGGGGGGAAUGUGGUUCAGAACAUCCCAUCCAAAAGACUCCAGGAGGUUCUUCGUGGCGUUGGCCGUGUGAGGUCCGACGUUGCCGCGUAGCUAGCAAACACUCUUCGUCGGCAUGGCCCUGCUUUUAUUCUGAAUAGAUCUUUUCAAUUUUAUUCACGUAUCACAGUAGCUUUUCCUUUCGCCAAUCUCGUAUCCAGGAUUUCUUUUCAGGAGGGCCCCCCAUAAAAGAAAUAACUCAUCUAACUUUAUUAUUCUUUAUGUUUCUAGUUCUAAGAGUUACUCUACUGCCUUUUGUCUCUUAAAUGCGUAAGUGCAGAUUCAAAAGUACGAAUCAAUUAAAAACAGUUUCCGAACAUACGUUCUACACCUUCAUUGAACAUAACUCAAAAUUGAGUGACACAUCACUUAAAUUCAUUAAAAGUGCACGUACUCUAAACAUGAGUUACCACUUAUCUACCCAUUUUUGAGUUAAGGGACGAUUGUCAAAACUUGAGUAAUUUUUACUCAAAAUAAGAAAAAAAUAUUUGGUUUAAAAUUUGAGUAAGUUCAACUCAAAAUUUGUGUUCCUUGCCCUCAAAAUGAAGAAACUUUUCUUCGUUAUUUUCAUAUACAAAGUUAUUCUUCUUUUUUUUGAAUGCGCAAAAUAGUGAUUCAAAACCGUUUCCUUUUGAACGGUUUGGAAUCAAAAUUGAAUUAUUUUGAUAUCCUUAUGUUGGACUUUUCACUAAGCAUAAUUGAAACCACAAAACAUCGAUGAUUGACGUUGAUUCAUGUUUUCAAAACCGGAUCUAGAAACGGCAAUGGAAAACGACGUAUUCUUGCAUUCUUUAUUUCGAUAAGAAUAUUCCGAAAAUGAAAACGCUCUGAAGUGCAAGAAGUAUUUUUUUUCACUCAAAUGUUUAAAAACACAACGCUUACUCUAAUGUAGGAAUAAAUACGAAAGAACUCAUGGCAACGAGUUUACUUUACUCAAAUCCAUACUCAAAUUUUGACAUAUUGUUCAGGCCCGUACCCAGGAUUUCGUUUCGAGAGGGGCCCAAAGAUAAAAAAACAUUAAGGUUACUGAAGAUUGUUUAUGUACCCAAUUUUCGGAGUGCCUUUUACGGGUGUUUUUAACAGACACAUUAAACUUUUCCACUGGAACUGUUAUUGUAUUACAUUUCUUUACGUUAACUGUCUUGUAACAAAUGUUUGAGAUCUUCUAAAUAAUUCUGUAACAAAUGUUUGAGAUCUUCUAAAUAAUUCUGUAACAAAUGUUUGAGAUCUUCUAAAUAAUUAUAUGUCGUUUUUGAUUUCGGGAGGAGCCAGGGCCCCUCGGGCCCCCCCUCUGGGUACGUGACUGAUAUUGUUCCAGUUUAUGAACUUGAGUUAUCGCAACUCAAACAAUGAGUUAUGUUCAAAGAGCGUGUAUGGAGACAUUCACACAUAACGUCACCUACAUGGAACGUCUUGACGGGCGGAACGUGUGAACGUUUGGGUAAAGAAAGUAUUAAACUAAUUUGGACGGAAGCUGACGGUGACGGAUGGAGACAAAUCGUCAGAACCGUACAUUACUCGUCUUUCAAAAAUACAAAAAAUAGAACGGCAGCGUAUACCAGUUUUAAAUUUGAUAGUAGAACUGUAAAAUUAAGGGCAUGUUCAGGAGUGUUCUAGUUCUAGAUGCAGAAUUUAUGUCAGUUUAAAAAUCCUAAUUUAGAAAUUAUAACAAAAUAUACUGGCAGCCCCAGCAGCGUUUUAUCGGUGUUUCAAAUAUAGAAAAAAUAGAACGGCAGCGUAUACCAGUUUUAAAUUUGACAGUACACGCUCUUUAAAUAUAACUCAUGGUUUGAGUUGCGAUCAUUUAAAUUCAUAAACUGGAACAAUAUGUCAAAAUUUGAGUAUUUUGAAAAAAAAUUUUUUCCUUAUUUUGAGUAAAAAUACUCAAAUUUUGAAAGCUUCGUCUCAUAACUCAAACAUGAGUAGAUAGAUGGUAACUCAACAGUAGAGUACUUGAACUUUUUAUUAAUUUGAGUGGUGUGUCACUCAAUUUUGAGUUAUGUUGAAUGAGAGUGUAGAACUGUUCGAACCCACUUUAAAAAUAAACUGAAAAUCAGCACCAAAACGUAAUCGGGAAAAACGAAGAAAACGAGUUGACAAUUCAGUCCGCAUCUUCUCACUUUAUGCCGAAUGAUUUCCGAAUCAACCGGUUGUAGGCGAAAUUCAUUCGGAAUCGGUUGUUGCACUGGAAUUGGAAUUGAUUCGGAAUUCCACAUUGCAUUCCGAAUGAAAAUUUCUCGCCGAUUCGGGAUUGAUUCGGAAUCCAUUCGGAUCUGAUAAUGUGGGUACGUUUGUUCCAGAGAUGCCAAGUUCACAGAAUAAUCUGUAUUUCUGUAUUUCAAGAUUUUAAUGACACAGAUUUCUUAAAUCGAUCACAGAUUGGCAAUGUGCCCCAAAAAAAGUUCAAUUUACUAGGGAAAACAGAGAGAAAAAGAAUAUCCGACAGAGCGGUAGUAGCGAAGUAGCCAGACCAAAAUGAUUCCGAUCAGCUAUUAUGUUACGGGAAACGUGCACAGUUUUGCACAGACAGUUUUUGGCUUGGACACAGAUUUUUGAAUAAAUGACCUGGCAUUCCUGGUUUGUUUUAGUUUCAGUUCAUUUAUAGAUCUUGCAUAUAAAGCUUCCAGUUGCUGAAUUUGCUCUUACAAAGCAACGCGAAUGUUUAUUUCAAAACUAUAUCUCGGUUGAUUUUCCAGAAGGCCGUAACAGCAAGUGACAGUUUCUGUUUGUUCACUCUCUCUUUCGAUUAUUGUGAUGUGAUCUACAGAGAUUUUCUUGGAUUUCACAGUUCUGUUUGGAAGUCGAACGUUUCGAGCAUCUUUCUAUGCAAAGAGUUAAGUGAUAAACGUGUAAACCGCUUGGUAAUUAAUAGCACAGAUAACAGAUAUACAGGCUCGAACAAAAUUUUUCAAAAUCCUGUGUAAAUUUCGAAUUUUCUAUACGUUGGAAACACUACUGUCACCUACUCGACUAUUCGCCGCGAUCUUUCAAAACGUUCCACUACGUUCCAGAACGACAACAAAAUCCUCCUGCCUGUUACAUAAAUAUUCGAACAAUAACAAUUUUAGGACUUAUCACACGAUUUCCUUAAGUGUUAGAGACAAAUUUAUUUCCAUGUCGCAUAAAUCACACGAAAAUUCGAUCGGAAUAAAACAAUACUAAAAUUGUCAUUUUAACCAACAGCAAAACAAAAAUCUAGCGUGAAGUGAAUGUUGCACCCAAAAUUGUGGCUCAUGUGAAAGCGGCACCCAAAUCGUGGUGACACCUCGUGUCGAUCGUGGUGACAUCUGCAAGUGUUCGCCACGCUGAUUGAGCAAAUUUUACACACAGUUCAUAUGUGAGCCUGUAUGUCUGUUAUCUGUGAUAGAAGAGAAAGUAAACAAAGAUAAACUGUCACUUGCUGUUACGGCCUUCUGGAAAAUCUACCGAGAUAUAUACUGCACAGUAAUGGCACAGUAAUGCACUUUGCGUUUCAGAACACCGUUUCUAAAAUCAUGCAACAUCAACAGUCAACUUUCGUCAAAAAGAAACAUAAUAUUCCUGUAAAUUUGUUAUACAAUUAUUGUGACGAGGCCCUAUGAGGUGUAAAUGUUCCUUAGAUUUUAUGACAAGCGAUUGCCAUGGACCCCUACAGAGACACUGGCAACACUGUAUGUAAAUGAAUACUGAAUAUUAAGACCACAAUUGAGAAUUUAUUUAAAAUGUAAGAAAAAAAACAAUUGAGCACGAAAAGAAUAGGGUGCGAACACAACUCACAAGUUAAGUUUAAAUUUGUUUCCAUUUUCUGUGCUGAGCAUUUAUCCUGCAACUGAUCCCACUUGUUUAGGUUUUGUAAGAUAUAUACAUGUAAGACAAAUGAAAAUCAAAUUUUAGUUGCAAUCACUGCUCAAUAGUAAAUGUUAAUUUUUUUUUCUCGAAUACCGAGUAAAGCAGGAGUCUCUUACUAAGUAAAUUUAUCGACCGUCCAACUGCUGGAACAAUAUCAUAUUUUUCUGCGUGUGUUCUGUUACUGAGAAAAAAAAGGGAAAUAAUUGAAACGAACACAAAAUAUCCAAAACGCCCCACUUCGGGGGUGAGUAACUAUUUCUAUCGAACGUCCAGUGACACCGUUGCAGAUUAUCGCCGGAUAUAAUAAAUAGCAAAACCAAAACAUGAGAGUAAAUUUAUUCUAUUGAACUUAAAUAUCCGAAUAACUAGUACCAGUAACGUGAAAUGCAUUCAAAUUAAAUCAAAUCAUUCUGCUAAACCUAAUAUCUGUGUAAUAAAAUGACACGUGUAUUUUCCGAAAACUGUGAUAAAUUAAAGAAAAUAUUUCAUAAACUGAGGAAGUAAGACAACUCUGCUCAUGAAUGCGGAAUGGGUUAGUUUAAGGCUGAGUCAAAAUCAGUAUCGCAUACGAAAUGUAUUGUUUUAGUUCAAGUUUUGUCGCAUUUAAAUGUUUCAGUUGAAUAGCAUUUCCAGUGUAGAGAAGUAAGUUCGCAUUUUUGUUAGCGGUAGUGUAACCAAAAACAAUCCGCACCCCGGUUGCUUUGUGUUUUCGCGUUUCGUCGCACUGAAUUCAGUUCUUAUUCAUCCGUUGCACAACACCGAGGCGAAACGGUUCCCAAAAAUUUUCCUGCAAACUCAAUUUGAACUUCACAGUAAUAUCGAACGAAAACAUAAACACACUUUAGAACAAAUUAACUUUUCGUCGUAAAACUAGGUGUAAACACAAAAGAAAAAUGCAGCAGCAAAAAGUUAAGCAAAACCGACAGUGAAAUUUAUAAAAAAAAAACAAA